GGGCCCGGCAGGAGCCUUCCGGUUCUCAGAACUCCUUCUCUGUCGCUUGGCAACGGCAGACGCGGCGGCCUCGCGGGCCUUGUGGGGCGCGCUCUCAGUGGGCCCGGCUGGAGGCUGCCAGGGUGAGCCUCAGGGAUGGCCUCCAAACAAGCUAAAAGAAAGGAAGUGCAUCGGAUCAACUCCGCCCACGGAUCAGAUAAAUCCAAAGACAAUGUACCACCAGGUUCAGGGGAACAGAAGAAGGGGAAGUUCCCGAUCUGGCCAGAGUGGAGCGAGGCAGAUAUAAAUGCCGAAAAGUGGGAUGCAGGCAAAGGAGUAAAGGAGAAGGACAAGACGGGCAAGAGCCCCAUCUUUCACUUUUUUGAAGAUCCUGAAGGAAAGAUUGAAUUACCACCAUCAUUGAAAGUCUUUUCCUGGAAACGUCCACAAGAUUUUAUAUUUAGCCGAACUCCUGUAGUUGUGAAAAAUGAAAUGACAUUUGACUUGUUUUCACCAAAUGAACAUUUACUCUGCAGUGAGCUUAUGAGGUGGAUCAUCAGUGAAAUCUAUGCUGUGUGGAAGAUAUUCAAUGGAGGGAUUCUAAACAAUUACAAUAAAGGAAAUUCGGGAGAACUUCCCAUGCUGCUCUGGAAACCCUGGGAACACAUAUACUCUCUCUGCAAGGCCGUGAAGGGUCACAUGCCUUUGUUUAACAGCUAUGGGAAGUAUGUUGUGAAGCUUUACUGGAUGGGUUGCUGGAGAAAGAUAACUAUUGAUGACUUUUUUCCAUUUGAUGAGGAUAACAAUCUGUUGCUUCCAGCUACAACCUAUGAGUUUGAACUGUGGCCAAUGUUACUGUCUAAAGCCAUCAUUAAGCUGGCAAAUGUUGACAUUCACAUUGCACAGAGGCGAGAGCUGGGAGAAUUCACAGUUAUCCACGCACUUACUGGGUGGUUACCUGAAGUCAUUCCUCUUCAUUCAGGGUACGUGGACCGAGUUUGGGAGCUCUUGAAGGAAAUAUUGCCGGAAUUUAAGCUAGUAGAAGAUCACAGUUCUGAAAGCAAACUCACAGUAAUAGACAACAAACUGAAGGAACCUGGGAAAGAGAUAAAGGAUAGCAAGGAGGUGAAAAAUGGGAAGGAAGUGAAAGAUGGGAAGGAUUUCAAACCGGAAAUUUCCGUUACAACCCUGAAGGCUCCGGAGAAAAGCGACAGACCUGCCAAGGAGAAAGCAGAUGCAAAAGACCUUGGGAAGAAGAAGAAGGAUGGAGAGAAGGAGAAGGAAAGAUUCAAAUUUUCAAUCCAUGGUUCAAGACCCUCAUCCGAUGUUCAGUACUCUAUGCAGUCCUUGUCAGAGUGUUCGUCAGCAAUACAGUCCCCUCAUAUGGUUGUGUAUGCCACCUUUACACCACUCUAUUUAUUUGAAAACAAGAUCUUUACAUUAGAGAAAAUGGCGAAUUCUGCAGAGAAACUUAGGGAGUAUGGGCUUUCGCACAUCUGUAGCCACCCUGUGCUGGUGACCAGAAGUAGGUCUUGUCCCCUUGUGGCACCCCCCAAACCUCCUCCGUUACCUCCCUGGAAACUCAUUCGCCAAAAAAAGGAAACGGUCAUAACAGAUGAAGCUCCAGAUGCUGUGCCGAAGAAGCCAGAGCAGUUCCUUGAAAUUUCAAGUCCAUUUUUGAAUUAUAGAAUGACUCCAUUUACGAUUCCAACAGAAACGCGUUUUGUACAAUCUGUUGUUAAGAAAGGGACCCCUCUGGGAUCCAGCCUUCCGCCACUUGUGGAAAAUGAGUUAAACGCAAACACCAGCCAAGGCGAAAUGAACAUGGUAACAGGAAACCAGUCGCAGGGUAAUAUUGCAUCGCAAACUCUAUCUGGAAAAGAUGAACAGGCAGAGCUUUUACUGGGUGAUCUCCACGCACCCGAGGCUAUUGGUUUAGAAAGGGAUUUGAUCAGUCUUACCACAGGAACACAGGACAAGUCACAGGAGGAUCUGGCAACAAUAAACGAAGGAGUUUCCAAAGAAAUAUGGUUAGACUUUGAAGACUUUUGUGUGUGCUUUCACCACAUAUAUAUUUUCCAUAAGCCAAGUUCUUAUUGUCUUAAUUUUCAAAAAUCAGAAUUCAAGUUCUCAGAAGAACGUGUGCCCUACUACCUGUUUGUGGACAGCCUGAAGCCUAUUGAACUAUUGGUUUGCUUUUCUGCUUUGGUGCGCUGGGGGGAAUCUGGAGCCUUAACAAAAGACAGUCCCCAUGUGGAGCCUGGACUUCUGACAGCCGAAGCCAUCACCUGGAAGUCCCUGAAGCCUCUCAGUGCAGUUUUGAGGAUCCACACCUAUGCAACGAAGGCUGUCAUGGUGCGCCUGCCUGUCGGGAGGCACAUGCUACUAUUCAGUGCAUAUUCCCCAGUGGGACACGCCAUACAUGUCUGCAGCAUGGUGACAUUUGUCAUUGGGGAUGAAGAUGUUGUACUGCCCAACUUUGAGCCGGAAAGCUACCGAUUUACAGAACAGUCUCUAAUAAUUAUGAAAGCUGUUGGAAAUGUGAUUGCUAGUUUCAAAGACAAAGCUAAAUUGUCUACAGCUCUGAGGGAUCUACAAGCGGCUCACUACCCAAUCCCACUCUACAACAAAGAACUCACUGCUCAGCACUUUCGGGUUUUCCACAUAUCAUUGUGGCGUUUAAUGAAAAAAUCUCAAGUAGCCAAGCCUCCUUUAAACUUCAAAUUUGCAUUUCGGGCUAUGGUUUUAGACACGGACAUACUGGAUUCUUUGGUAGAGGAUGUCUCUUUAGCGGAAUGGGUGGACUUUAAAUACUGUAUGCCAAUAAAUGAGAAGGAGUAUACUCCGGAGGAAAUAGCUGCCGCAGUGAAACUUCAAUCCAUGUGGAAAGGGACCUAUGUCAGGCUACUCAUGAAAGCCAGAAUGCCAGACACUAAAGAAAAUGCCAGUGCUGCAGAUACACUUCAGAAAAUUUGGACUGUAUUAGAGAUGAAUAUGGAGCAGCAUGCACUCUCUCUUCUAAGACUAAUGUUUAGGAGCAAGUGUAAGUCCAUGGAGUCUUACCCAUGCUAUCAGGAUGAAGAAACCAAGAUGGCCUUCGCUGACUACAUGGUGAACUACCCAGACCAGCCACCGAAUUCUUGGUUUAUAAUAUUCAGAGAAACGUUUUUGGUUCCUCAAGAUAUGAUCUUACUCCCCAAAGUAUACACCACUCUCCCGAUCUGUAUGCUGCACGUUGUUAACAAUGACACAAUGGAGCAAAUGCCGAAAGUGUUUCAGAAGGUGGUGCCUUACCUUUACCCCAAAAACAAGAAGGGAUACACCUUUGUGGCUGAAGCAUAUACCGGCGAUGCAUAUGUGUCAAGUGCGCGAUGGAAACUGCGGCUCAUUGGGUCUUACAACCCACUUCCGUUUCUCUCCCGAGACACUCCGUGCAGCACCUUCACCAUGAAGGAGAUCAGAGACUACUACAUCCCUAACGACAAGAAAAUCCUGUUCAGGUACUCCAUUAAAGUGACAGUGGCACAGUGUAUUACAAUACAGGUCCGCACAUCCAAGCCUGAUGCCUUCAUCAAGCUACAGGUGCUGGAAAGUGAGGAGACCAUGGUGAGCACCACGGGCAAAGGGCAAGCCAUCAUCCCUGCCUUCUACUUCCUGGGGAGUGAAAGAGCAUUGAGCUCCCAGUCUAGCAAGCAAAUUCUCUUAUCUCACACUUCACCUAAAAAAGAACAAGAAGUGAUAACCAAGAAAAAAACUGGCCAGGCAAGUCAGAAAUCCUUUAAGAGCAGACCUGGGAGCGUGGCAGUAGAUGCGGGUCUGCCUCUGCUGGAAGAAGAAGUUCUGAAUGUUACGACUGUAGAAGAAAAUUCUAGCACACCACAACAGUGCUACAAAUACAUCAUACAGUGCAUGGUGAUGUUUAACAGCUGGCCUCUCACUGAAACACAACUGACAUUUGUGCAGGCGCUAAAAGACUUAGAGAAAAUGGAUGUCAAAGCACUCAGAAGGCAGAGGCAGGUGGAUCUCGCCCCAAGAACUCCCGCUGUCUUAGAAGAAUCUCAGGAAGACACAGAGAAACAUGAAGAACUAAUUACCGUAGGAAGCCCAGACUCCCAUGCUGUCAGUGAAGGGCAGAAAUCUGUAGGAGUUUCCAAAACAACAAGGAAAGGCAAGGAGAAGGCUGGGGAGAAAGAGAAGUUGGCCAAGGAAAAGCAAGCGCCUCGCUUUGAACCUCAGCCAAUACCCACUGUUCACUCUCAACAAGAGGAUCCCAACAAACCCUACUGGGUUUUGAGGCUGGUUUCUGAACACAGCGACUCAGACUAUGUUGACGUGAAGAAAGACACGGACCGGUCAGAUGAAAUCCGAGCCAUGAAGCAAGCUUGGGAGGCAACUGAGCCCGGGAGGGCUAUCAAGGCUUCGCAGGCCCGUUUGAAGUACCUCAAUCAGUUCGUUAAGAAGCCAUCUGAUGUCCCUGUCCAAGAGACUUUGUCUGCGACCCAGAGCCAAACUAAAACUUCAGAUGAAGAAGACAGCAUCAGAUCUCCUGAAACUAGAGGAACUGUAGAAGUAGCAGGAAGUGCGGGGAAAGAGGCAGACACCAAAGAACUGACACCAGCCACAGUGGGAACUUUGUUGUGGAAGAAGUGGAAACUGUCCAAGAGCAUCAAGGAACUGGCAAAAUCCUCAAGCAACGAGAGCAAAAUGCCUGCGGCAGGGAAGCAAGAGAGAGAACUGAGUGUACCUAAGGAGACUUUUGUGGUACCCCGUUCACGAUCUCAGACAAUUUUGGAAAUGUCUCCACGACUCAUUCGAAAAGCACUAGAAUUUGUGGACUUCAGUCAUUAUGUACGGAAAACUCAUGAUGAGCCCAUGCUGCUGACAGAAGAACUGAAUAAGCAGCAAGCAAUGCAGAAGGCAGAAGAAGUCCACCAGUUCCGGCAGUAUAGGUCCAGAAUCCUUAGCAUUAGAGACAUCGACCAGGAAGAGCGAUUUAAGCUAAAGGAUGAGGUUCUAGACACCUAUCGGGAGAUGCGGGACUCUGUAGAUGAAGCCCGACAGAAGAUCCUUGAUGUCCGGGAAGAAUAUAGAAACAAAUUAUUAGAGGCGGAGCGCCUAAGGCUGGAAGCUUUGGCAGCUCAGGAGGCUGCAAUGAAGGUGGAGACAGAGAAGAAGUCUCCAGUUUCUGACUCGCAGAAGAAGAAGAAAGGAAAGAAAAAGUGACUGAGAGAUUGAGGAGUGUUGAAGGCAUUAUCACUUUGCCUCUUGAUAAAACAUCAGAUCAAUUGAAACUGGAGGAAUGUUUCCCACUACAGUUUCUACUUUUUAAUGUUAGCAUGUUAGUUUUCUUAGAAAGGAUUUGAAUCCAUUAGCGGAUCAGAUGUUCUAAUUUCACUAAAAUUGUUAAAAAAUAGUUCAGAUUAUAAAUAAAAUUGUGCUAUACUUUGAAUUUCUUGCAUUAAAAUAAAUUUAUAUGUG